AUGGCGCCCCCCGCCUCAGUACCUCAAAUCCAGACCCAACCCCAACCCCAGCGCCCCUCAGGUCGACCAGCACCUCCGCGAUUGCAUCUCGCCACUCCUAUGGGGUCUCAGCAGAAUCUAUCCCAGCCCACCCUCGUGUCGACAAACGGUCGACCAGCCCCGCCCCCGCUGAGUACAAACGGGUCGAGUGGUGCGCCCAAACUACAAAUCCAGACCAAUGGGACGUCGGGUGGAAACUCUUCAUAUUCGACUAUGAAUUUCGCCAUGGGUCUCCGACAGCCCGAUGGCUCGUCAGACCCCUCCUCGGCGAUCUCAGUGUAUUCAGACCGCGAGAAUGGAGAUCGUGAUAACAGCGUGAACGGCCUCCUUCCAGAUCUGGAUAAAUUGAGUUUGGAGAAGGGCCGGCCCCUGGAUGUGGAUGAUCUUGAUGACGAAGGCUGGCAUGCGGCCAGUGAACAAAACAUGAUCGUUGAGCUGGGAAGUCUUGGAGAGGGUGCUGGUGGCGCUGUCACCCGAUGCAGGCUCAAAGAAGGAAAGACCGUGUUCGCAUUGAAAAUCAUCACGACGGACCCGAACCCUGAUGUCAAGAAACAAAUCGUUCGUGAGCUCAACUUCAACAAAGACUGCGCGUCGCACCAUAUCUGUCGCUAUUAUGGUGCUUUUGUGGACAAGUCCACCGGCACAAUCUCCAUUGCGAUGGAGUUCUGCGAAGGUGGAAGUCUGGACAGCAUCUAUAAAGAGGUCAAAAAGCUCGGAGGUCGCACUGGAGAGAAGGUUCUGGGCAAGGUCGCUGAAGGUGUCUUGAAUGGAUUGACCUAUCUACACAGCCGCAAGAUCAUCCAUCGAGACAUCAAACCAUCCAACAUCCUCCUGUGCCGCGAUGGCCAAGUCAAGCUCUGUGACUUUGGUGUCAGCGGUGAAUUCGGCACCAAGGGUGACGCCAACACCUUCAUCGGUACUUCCUAUUAUAUGGCCCCCGAACGUAUCACUGGCCAAUCAUACACCAUUACAUCCGAUGUUUGGUCCCUCGGUGUCACUUUGCUCGAGGUCGCGCAGCACCGAUUCCCCUUCCCUGCCGAUGGGACUGAAAUGCAGCCCCGUGCAGGACUAAUCGAUCUCCUCACCUACAUCGUCCGCCAACCAAUUCCCAAGUUGAAGGAUGAGCCAGAAAAUGGCAUUCGCUGGUCGGACAACUUUAAAUACUUCAUCGAAUGCUGCUUGGAAAAAGAACCUCCUCGACGUGCCACACCCUGGCGGAUGCUGGAACAUCCGUGGGUGCAGGAUAUGAGAAACAAGAAGGUCAACAUGGCAAACUUUAUAAAGCAAGUGUGGGACUGGAAGGAGUGA